UUGCUGAUGAACAAGCAGAUUGGACUCAAAAGAUACGAAGUUGAAGGAAGGAAAGUCCUUUUCUAUUUUGAUGAGAUCCCAAGCCAGUGCCUGACCUGUGUGAGAUUCCAGGCCUUCCGAGAGUACAUUGUGGGGAAGACUGCUCCCAUGCCAAUCACUGUGUAUGACUACUAUGAGCCAGCAUUUGAAGCAACCCGCUUCUAUAACGUUAGUGAAAGCAGCCCCCUGGCCAGAGAACUCUGUGAUGGGCCCACUUGCAAUGAGGUGGAAAGUUCAGCCAGCCAAGGACCUGUCUUCCUGCCUCCGGGACUGUCACUCUAUCCUCUAUCCAGCUGGCUUAUCACCACUGACAUCACUCUCAUUAUCACCUCCACAAUCACUCCCACCAUCAUCCUCACCACAGAUAUCGCCACUACCAUCUGUAAAGGAUUCACCUCAUGGAUCUGGAGGCUCAUGGAAGAAUAA